CUGGUAAGCCUCGAGGCAAUUUCUGCAGUAAAUAAAAGAGUACUAUACAGUCAAGUCAGAAGUUCUAUUUUUGUAUUCAAGUUAAACUUUAAAUUUAAACGAACAAGUAGCGAUUCUUUCAAAAUGUCUAGUGCUAGCAAUCGAAUGUGUUCACAAACACACGGACACAGAACAACACAACAUGCGUCAUCUAAUACAACACAGCAACAUACUAGGAGGCAGGAACGCACUUGGCCACAAGCGUCGAAUGCGUCACCAUCUAACGCACGUCAGCAGUAUACUAGAGAGACGAGAAGGAUGGACAGUUCAGGGUAUCACAGUUCAUCAUCUUUUAACACGUGGAUGGAGGAUGACUAUUUAACCGACGACGAAACAUUUCAACACGAUGAUUGUAAGUACAUGAGAUUUUCUGAGUACCUCGAUUUGGCCUACGACGAUUCCGACGAUGGUAAUAUUUACGAGUCCGAUGAUGACGAAUUGGUGGAUGAUGUUCAUGAGUUAUUUACGGAGUCUAGAAUCGGCUACAGUAGUGGAGCCAUCGUAACCGAUUUCAUGGUUUUCGUCGAGGACGGCGGAAUUUCAAUCAUAGACGUUUCGGCUUCAUCUAUAGUAAUCAAUCGAGCGCAGCGACGCCGAGGCAUCAGAAGACCGAAUUUAAAGGCUAAAACAAGAAAUGAAUGACUGUUGAAAAAACUAACAACAAAAAUUAUAAACUACAUUAGGAGAUUAUUUUGCGAUCGACCUGUGAUUGAUUGAACAUACUGUGUAUAGAAUGUUAGUUUAAUAUUUUAUUUUAAAGAUGACCAUCUCAAUUAAAGAAUAUUUUGAAAAGAAAGUUGUUUUUUUUUGUAUUUUAUAUCGUUAUAGUUUAUUUUAUUCGUCAUAACGUAUUGCAUUAUAAUAUUAAACAAACCAUGGACUUGGGUUCUAAUUAGUAUUAUCACAGCCCCACCAGUGAGACUGUUAUUGAACAUACAAUCCACUGCAUAAAAUUGAUAACCAUGCAUUCUAACAAAAUGUAUUUUAACAGAAUUGAAUAAAACUUGAUAAAAAUGCAAGA